AUUAUGACCCAACCCAACCGUAUACCCCUUAUUCAAAUAACCCUACACUAUCCCCUACAUUCUCUCUCUCUCUAAACUAUACCAUCUCCGACCUCUCUCCCCACAGUAAAUCGCCGCCGCCGACCUCACAAAACAAAAACAUCUACUGAAGGUCAUUGAACGCGGGAAGGAAUCAAAAGAAGACUUCAAUAUCAAUCCCUUUAUGCAUUACCCGUACUGUAGGUGUUUUAAAGAAAAAAGAACAUAUAUCUUUGGGUAAGAGUAGAUCUAUUCGUAAUUUGUAUUACUGGAGAAAAGGAAAUAUUAUUUUUAAUUUGAGUGAUAUGCUAGACUUGUUAGCUUCUAUGAAUUUAUAACAUAGUUUAGAGAGAGAGAGAGAGAAUUGUAGGGUUAUUUGAAUAACGGGUAUAUGGUUGGGUUGGGUCAUAAUAAUUUUGGGUGAAAAUGUUAUAUUCUGAUCGGGUUGGGUUAAAUUUGGUGGGUAAAUAAUUAUUUGGGGGGAAAUGGGUUGGGCGUCUAGGAUGAUGACACGUGACAGUUCGUUUGGGUUAAGGGUACAAUUGACCUCAUAGUAUAACGAUAAGAGUAUAAUUGACCCUAUAGUAUAACGAAGAGUAUGAAUGAACUAUUUUUCAAAGUUUAGCGGUAAUUUUAGCCCUUUUCCGUUCUUUCUUUGUGCCCAUUUUGGUGAAACCUCUUUAUAUCAUCAUCCCAUGCCAAAAUCAACUGACUCCCUGCAUGCUUUUCAAAUCCCAAACACCUCGGGAGGCAGAUUAUAAGAAGGAGAGAGGUUAUUCGGAUCCUAAACGGGUCGACCCUAUUCCCCCUUCUCCUUAGCAAACGAAAAUUUCUUUUUCUUUGUACCGAAAACCAGAAAUCAAGAGUGAACUACACUAAGAGUUGAGCCAAUCUUUAACUUCAAGAUUUAGCCAGAGAAAGAAAGUGAACUACAGUAAGAGUUGAGCCAAUCUUCGGGUUUUUUUAACUUUAAGAUAUAGACAGAGACAGAAAGUGAACAAACAAAAUGGUGACACCAAUGGAGCAUGCAUUUAUCCCUCAUGACCUUCCUGAGUUCUUUAAGAUUUAUUACCCUGAAAUAUGCUAUCCGCAACUGAGAAUUCCACCUGCCUUUCUGAAGUUUUUCAAUGGAGAUAUUCCUUCGAUCGCUGUGCUUGAAGAUCUUGCAGCGAGAUCUUGGACUGUUGCUGUGGAAAAGAAUGACUGUGAUUUAUUUUUCAAGGGAGGCUGGCCAGAUUUUGUGCAAGAAAAUAAUUUAGAAUUUGGAGAGUUUCUAACAUUUUCCUAUGCUGGAAACUCGAAGUUUUAUGUUAAAAUAUAUGGGAAAAACGGCAGCUUGAAGCAGGACGUAAUUCCUCUCAAAGAGUCUAAGCUAGUUCCACUGGAUGAAGAAAAUGCGCAGGAGAAAGCUAUCGUUGCUCGGCCAGCUGAUCAAACACUUAAUGGAUCAGGUCACUUGGUUGCUUCAGUCACUUCAUUCGAAGUUGUCAUUAUGGCAUCCCACUUAAAAAGAGCACGCAUGAAUUUUCCUGCUACAUUUGGCAAUAGAUAUAGAUACUCGAAGAGGGAGCAACCACUUGUGGCUAUUCUUCAAGUUGGCAGUGCUAGUUGGCCCGUUAAUGUUCUGUCCAAUGAUAGACUGGAAAUUCGGAAAGGGAUACGCAAAUUUAUAUGCGAUAAUGCUUUGCGUGUUGGAGAUGUUUGCCGUUUUAAGCUGAUUGAUGAGGAGAAGUUCAUACUGAAAGUUCGCAUUAUGUGAUAGCCCAAGUAAAGUAGUCAUAAAAAUAUAGGCAAAAUCUCUGUGAGCAUUCACCUUAAUGUUUGGGUAAAAUAUUUCUACUUGAGAGAGAGGUUGUAAUAGAAAGGUUGAUGUACCAGAAAUCUAAAUCAAUGAAUUUACAGCUAGCAUUCUAUCAAUGAUGUGAUAUAUGCUUUACAUAGCUUCUUAUCCA